AUGAUUGAGAAAAAUCCUAAAGAAUGGCAUUCUCUCCUCUCCAAUACCCUUUGGGCGUACAGGACCUCUAAAAGGUCUGGCACAGGGACGACACCAUUCGCACUCACAUACGGCCAUGACGCCGUCUUACCUCUCGAGAUCUCGGUAAAAUCUUUAAGGGUGGCUCGCCACGCUGAGUGGAGUAAGGAUGAAUAUAACCAGACGAUGGCUCAAGAGUUAGAUGAUCUCGACGUAGUUCGACUUGAGGCUUUAGAUAAAUUAAAGGCCCAAAAAGAAAAGGUGGCCAGGGCGUAUGAAAAGAAGACUAAAGCCAAGAGUUUCGGAGUUGGAGUUUUAGUAUGGAAAACUAUUCUCCCAUUAGGAACGAGAGAUCGUAGUUUUGGUAAAUGGUCUCCAACUUGGGACGGACCUUUCCUCAUCAACCAAGUUUUAGGAAAAGGAGCAUAUAGGUUGAGUUAUGAGAGUGGUCGUCUCCAUGAUUCACCUAUUAAUGGCCGUUUUUUGAAGAAAUAUUACCCAACGGCUUGGGAAAUGAUGGAGAGGUAG